AUGCGGGACCCUCGGACGUGGACCCCCGCACUGGGGCCGUUGGAGCGGGGCAGACCCGCCACCUACACCGGGGAGAAGAAGGCGCAGCUGGUGGCCAAAGCCAACAAGAAGUGGGUCCGACUGACCACCGUGGUGGUCUACGUCCUGUCCGUGUCCCUGGCCGCGGUGGUUCUGGCUGUGUACUACAGUCUCAUCUGGAAACCCACACCCGGACCCGCACUGACCCGCACCGGGGAACCGGCAGCCGCGACCUCCAGGACCGGUAUGAAUGUGACUGAUCCGGAUCAGAGUAAAUGUCUCAAUAACAUUAAUAUGAAUAAAGUCUCCGGUUCCGGUCCACCGGGACCCUCUCCCGGAGUCUCCUCCACCGCAGCAGCCGCUCAGAGCUCAUCCUCCCCGGCUCUGACCUCCGCGGAGCCGCCCGCUGUAACGGCGGAGGAUCCGUCCAACCUACCGACUCACCGGGCCACCGCGGGGGGACAGGACCCGGAGGUUUGA